UAUACCACAAUUUUGAUCCUCUGUUAUAUACAUAGAAAACAAUACAACGACAGCAGCGGUGUAUCAUACGCACCACCGUUGUCUGAUAGGGCUGUUUUCAUCGAGAAUUCGCCUUAACUUCGUUUCUCUCCUCUCCGAGCGUGUUUCUUGAUGAAUUUCUUAGCUUCUCUCUCAAUCGGACAUUGAAUUUCAGUCUGUGAGGAGAUGGGCGGCUUAUUUCUAGGGUUUGUUGUGCAGCAACCAUGGCUGCGAUUGUUGCCCUGAAGUCAUCACGACUUUGGCGACCCGCAAUUUCAGUUUCUUUUUAUUGUUCUCGUCGUGGUCGUUGCUUUUGCUCCUCUACAAACAUGGCGACCAGCCGCACCUUUAAAGUGGGAGCUGUGCAGAUGACUUCCAUUAAUGAUCUCCACGCCAAUUUCACCACUUGUUCCAGCUUGGUCAAGGAGGCUGUUGCGGCUGGUGUGAACUUACUUUGUUUUCCUGAGAACUUCUCUUUUAUGGGUGCCAAACUUGGGGAGUCCCUUGAGAUAGCUGAGAUGUUAGAUGGGCCCAUAAUGCAACAAUAUCGUUCUCUUGCAAGGGACCACCAUAUUUGGUUGUCACUAGGUGGUUUCCAAGAGAAAGGACCAGAUGAUAAGCACUUGUGUAACACUCAUGUUUUACUAGAUGAAGCGGGAAAUAUCAUAAGCACAUACCGAAAGAUACAUCUGUUUGAUGUUGAUGUUCCUGGUGGCAUGGUAUACAAAGAGAGUGAUUUUACCACGCCAGGGGACAAUAUUGUUGUGGUGGAGAGCCCUUUUGGACGUCUUGGUCUAACAGUUUGCUAUGACUUGAGGUUCCCUGAGCUUUACCAGGAGCUAAGAUUUCAACACCUGGCACAAGCCAUUAGCUCUGAGGUGUUGUUGGUGCCUUCAGCUUUUACCAGGGUAACUGGUGAGGCACAUUGGGAGAUUCUUCUUCGAGCACGGGCAAUCGAAACACAAUGUUAUGUUAUUGCACCAACACAAGCUGGGUGGCAUGACACAAAAAGAGAAAGCUUUGGCGAUGCCUUGGUUAUUGAUCCAUGGGGAACUGUUAUUGCUAGGCUUCCAGAUCGACUGUCAACUGGAAUCGCAAUAGCUGAAAUUGACUUGUCCAUGUUAGAUUCAGUGCGGAUGAAAAUGCCAAUAUCUGAGCAUCGUAAGCCCAAUAUCUACAGGAAAUCUGCUUGUUUGUAGAUAACAGAGCUUUUUCGAUUCCAGCGCAUAAAAAAUGUGGAGACUGCAACCAUUACGACAUUACAUUGUUUCCUUUGUAAUAUGAUUUCUGAUUGUUGAUAUUCAAUAAGAACCUUUCAAGCUUUAGUACUUCAACUCGCCGAUGGAUGGUUCUAUUUUUAGCAUCAAUGAUAUGCUGCCCGAUGUCUGAGAAUCAAGAAACAUUGUCCUGGCUUGCUUUCUUUAAGUUGCAACUGGAUGGUGGUUAAUUAUUUCAAA